AUGGUAAUGACUCAUUCAGCGGAACAGGUUGCUAAUCAAGCUAAUGUAAUAAAGACGAAGGUGUCAACUUGGCCACGAUUUACACGAUGUCAUAAUAUUGACAAUUCUCUUGUUAUUUGGUUAGAUCUCGAUAUCAAUGAAUCAAAUCCAGACACAACAGCAGCUACCAACAAACUUCAACAUAUAGUCAAUACAGUUAAAAUAUUUAAUGAUACAAAUGCAUGUAUUGACUUUCUAACUAAUGCUGAAAAUAAAAUAAUCUUUAUGGUUAUUUCAAAUGAUAUUUCUGAAUGGUUUGUACCAUUAAUUGAACAAUUAACUUCACUUCAUUCAAUUUACAUACUUCAAAAUCAAGAAACCCAAGUUCACUUAUCAAUAGGUGAUCAUAAAAAAGUCAAAGGAAUAUUUACUAAUAUAGAUACAAUUUGUAUUAGUUUAAAACUUAAUAUUCAUCAAUCUAUAAAUGAUUAUACAUCAUUUAGUAUACUUCCUUCUGUAGAUAGUACGCAGAGUGUUAAAUUUGAUGAACUUGAUCAAUCAUUUAUGUAUUCACAGUUACUCAAAGAAAUUAUUGUCGAUAUUCAAUAUGAUGAAAAAGCUAAACUUGAUUUUGUUAAUUUUUGUCGUGGCCAGUGUCUUGGCAAUAAUAUUCGAUUAAAUAUACUCAAUCAAUUUGAAAGUAAUUAUGAAUCUAAUUCACCUAUUUGGUGGUAUACUAAAGAACCAUUUGUUUAUACCGUAUUGAAUCAAGCUUUGAGAAAAUUAGAUAUCGAAAUGAUUAUUAUGAUGGGUUUUUUUAUUCAUGAUCUUCAUCGGCAAAUCGAACAGAUUUAUGCACAAAGAAAUCCAACUAAUAAAAUGAUUAUUUAUCGAGGACAAGGAAUUUCAAAUGAUGAAUUUGAAAAAUUGAGGAAAAAUAUAGGCGGUCUUUUAUCGUUCAACAAUUUCUUAUCAACAAGUAUCGAUCAAGAUGUUUCACUUGCAUUUGGUAGUAGUGCUCGAGAUGACCCAAAUUUAACAGGUGUCUUAUUUCGUAUAGAAAUCGAUCCAUCGAUUUCUAUAGUGCCAUUUGCACAAUUAGAUGAUAUUAGUUUUUAUUCGAACUUUGAACGAGAAAUUCUUUUUUCAAUGCAUACAAUCUUUCGAAUUAGUUCAGUAAUGGAAAUAGAAAAUCGUUUAUGGCAAAUUGAUUUAAAAUUGACUGAUAACAAUGAUGAACAAUUAAAACUAGUAACUGAAUGUAUACGAAAUGAAAUUGGAGAUGGUACAGGAUGGGUACGUAUGGCUGGACUAUUGCUCAAGAUGGGAAAAUUCGAUCAAGCUUCAACAAUCUACAAUACAUUAUUAAAGGCAAUUCCUAACAAUACACAAAACGAGCUCCAAACUUCAAUACCUGCUAUUUUAAACAAUACUGCUGUGGUUCACGUAUCAUUGGGAGCUUAUGAAACAGCACAUUCAUUUUAUGAAGGCAUACUUGAAAUAUUCGAAGAAAUACUUCCAUCUGAUCAUCCAUUAUUAGCUUCAAUUUAUAAUAACAUUGGAGCAGUAUAUAUAUCAUUAGAUAAUUUUACAACAGCACUUUCAUAUUUUCAGAAAUCUUGCGAAAUCGCACAGAAAUCAUUACGAGAAAAUGAACAAGAACUAUCGAAAAUCUACCAUAAUAUAGGUCAUGUAUAUAGAAAACUAGGAGAUUAUCCAACUGCGCUUCUCUACUACGAAAAAGCACUAGAAAUAGAUCAAAGAACUCUCCCACCAUUUCAUCCGUAUUUAGCGACGACUUAUUUUAGCAUUGCAGAAGCACAUGAAUUAAUGACAAAUUAUGCGUCGGCAUUAGCAUUCAGUGAGAAGACACUUGAAAUCGAACAGAGAAUUCUUCCACCAUUUCAUCCAUCUUUAUCUUCGACUUAUAGUAUUAUUGGUGAAAAAGCACUUGAAAUUCAAGAAAAAUCGUUACCAUCAAAUCAUCCAGAUCGAGUGGUCGCUUUGAAUAAUAUUGGUGAAGUAUAUCGAUCCAUGGGUGAUCAUACAACAGCAUUAUCAUACUAUAUGAAAGCAUUGGAUAUUCAAGAACAAGCUUCAUCAUCCGGCAGUCUUAGAAUGAGCAAUACAUAUAAACAUAUAGCCGAUGUGUAUAGCUCUAUGAAAGAUUAUGAAAAUUCACUUUCAUAUUAUGAAAAAGCACUUGAAAUUAAACGUACUUUACUUCCUCCUUUUCAUUUAGAUAUGGCUGCUAUUUAUGUUGACAUGGGUGGAUUGUAUCAAUCGAUGGAAAAUUACACAGAUGCACUUUCGUAUUAUCAAAAAGCACUUGAGAUUCAAGAAAAACUUCUUGAACCUGAUCAUGCACAUCUAGCAAUAACCUAUAACGAUAUUGGUCUAGUUUAUCAAUUGAUGGAAGAUUAUUCAUGUGCUCUAUCGUACUAUCAGAAGACACUCGAAAUUCAAGUGAAACAUUACACAACUGCUCUAUCAUAUUAUGAAAAAGCACUUGAAAUUAAGUACAAAUCUCUUCUGCCAAAUCAUCCGUCAUUAGCCGUCAUUUAUAAUAACAUGGGUCAAGUUUAUCGUAUGAUGGAAGAUUAUUCAAAUGCACUUUCUAAAUUUGAAAAACGACUUGACAUUCAGUUAACUUUUCUUCAGCCGGAUGAUUCAGAUACUGCUACAACAUAUGAAACUAUUGGACUCGUUCAUCAAUCAAUGAAAAACUAUAGUUUGGCACUCUCAUACUGUAAGAAAGCAUUUGAAAUACAAGAAAAACACGUCCCAUCCGAUGAUCCUGAACUUUUAGAACUUAAGGAAACUAUUAACACGCUAGAAUCAUUGGAAAAAGAUUAA